GGGCGGGCUGGGGGCUUGGGGUUUUCCUGAUCCUUGCGUUUGGAAGUGCCAACAGUCACGCAGGUGUAGCUCGGGCCUGAUUCAAUGCAUUCUCAUCGAGUUGAAAGCUGUAGCAAUUGCACUGUUCCAUCCCCGCCGCCCUGUCGCUGCAACCAUGUCCCUCUCACCUGGGGCGGGAUCAUUCUCACCACGGUGGCACCGAUCGCGUCCCAAUCCUGCUCGUGCUCUCUCAAUCAUGUCGUCGGCGAAAAACAUAUCCGUAUCCACGGCCUCGCGGGCUUGGCCCCUUGGCCGCGGCCCACCGGAUGCGGGGCAGUUUUUCGUGGAUGCCCCGCGCGGAGCGUACAUCCGUGCAACCGCGUGUCCGCGGCAUCGCGCCCCGGAAUCCAGACCGUGAGGGCGCGGAUACGAGCACAGCUCGCCGCGCGUCCUCUGCCCUCGCCCCCUUCCCGAGGCAGCAGGGUGUGGAUCCUCGAGCACCCCACGGAGGGUUGGCUGCCCGGCCGGGUGGACAGCGUCGACGGAGGGCAGCUGCUCGUGGUGGACGACGAGGGGGGGCAGUUCGAGAUCCAGCAGGACCAGGCGCGCCCCGUCGACGAGGCCUGCCUGCAGGGAGUGCCAGACUUGCUCUCGCUGGGCGACUACAACGAGGGCGCCCUCCUGCACAACGUCCGCGUGCGGUACCUUAGGGACGAGAUCUACACCUGCAUAGGGGAACCCAUCCUGAUCUCAGUGAACCCUUUCAAGUCGAUUCUGGGCCUCUACUCUGAGGAGCAGAUGAGCCACUACAGGAAACGGAAGGGGCAGGACAGUCCACACCUCUUCUCCGUCGCAGACGCGUCCUUCCGUGCCAUGCUCAACGACGGCAGAAGUCAAUCGAUUGUGAUCACCGGCGAAAGCGGUGCCGGCAAGACGGAGGCGACCAAGCGGAUCCUGGCCUAUUUCGCGAACUUGCAGCAGUCGCCUUCCAAGGCUGGGGGCUCGCUGCUCAGCAUGAGCAUCGAAGACCAGGUUCUCCGCUCCAAUCCCAUCCUGGAGGCCUUCGGCAACGCUAAGACUGUCCGCAACGACAACUCGUCGCGCUUCGGCAAAUUCAUCAGCAUCAACUUCGACGCGGGCGGGAAGCUGCAGAGUUCCCGCAUCUCGAACUACCUGCUGGAGAAGUCCCGCAUCGUGACGCAGCAGCCCGAGGAGCGCGGCUAUCAUGCCUUCUACCAGAUCCUCCGUGGCGCGGGGGGUCUCGGGCUGGAGCCGCCCCUGGCGCUCGGCGAGCCGGGGGACCACGCCUACACCAGCACCUGUACAGACGUCCCAGGAGUGAACGACGCCGCCGACUUCCACGAGAUGUGGGAGUGCAUGGCGGGCCUGGGGUUCACCACCGAGGAGCGCGACAGCGUCAUCCACAUCGCGGCCGCUGUCCUCCACAUGGGCGAUCUGGAGUUCGGGGAGCUGGCUCCGCAGGAGGAGGGCUGCAGGGUCCUGAAUCUUGGCAAGGUCACGACCAUCUGCGACCUCCUGUCGAUCGAGGUGGGCGCCUUCGUCAAGGUCUUCCAGUUCAAGACGCUGCAGGACCCCUUCACCAAGAAGGUGAUCGAGAGGCCGCAGGACCCCACGCACGCGUCGAGCACCCGCCACACGAUGGCCAAGGUUGCCUACUCGCGCCUGUUCGACUGGCUCGUGUGGCGGAUCAACAAGAGCACCGCCUCGAAGGUUUCUACGGAGAAGAUGCGGCAGAUCAGCAUCCUCGACAUUUAUGGCUUCGAGGUGUUCGAGUGGAAUUCGUUCGAGCAGCUGUGCAUCAACUUUGCGAACGAGAAGCUGCAGCAGCAUUUCAACUCGCACAUGUUCACCCUUGAGCAGCAGCUGUACACAGAGGAGGGCAUCUCGUGGUCUCACAUCCAGUGGGUGGACAACCGCCACAUCAUCGAUGCUCUCGAAAAGAAGCCUCUAGGGGUGUUCUGCAUCAUCGAUUCGGAGUGCCUCAUGCCAAACUCCACAGACGAGACGUGCCUGAAUAAGGUCUACAACUCCUCCAAGAAUUCGACCAUCGUCUUCAAGCCCACCAGAUUCGCUUCCUCGGACUUCGCCGUGGCGCACUACGCCGGCCAGGUGAUCUACGACAUACGCGGCUUCCUGGAGAAGAACACGGACAAGCUGCACAGCGACGUCACCGGAAUCCUCCGGUCGUCCAAGCAGGCCCUGCUGAGCACGCUCUUCACCGACCCGCUGUUCGCCCCCGAGCGCGCGCCUCCGCCGGCGCCCGGCGCGGGAGGGCGCGACGCGAGCCCGCGCACGCCGCGCGGCACCACGCCGACGCGCUCGCUCACGCCGACGCGGAGGGCGUCGAUGCAGCGCACGCUCACCGGAGGGGACAGGCAGAAGCAGAACGUGACGGUCAGCAUGAUGUUCAGGGGCCAGCUGGAGCAGCUGGUGGACGACCUGAACAUGACCAACCCCAGGUACAUCCGCUGCAUCAAGCCGAACACCAACAAAGUCGAGCUGGAGUUCGACUCGCUGGACGUCCAGCGCCAGCUGCGGUGCGCUGGCAUGCUGGAGUCGAUCCGGAUCAGGCGGGCGGGGUACUCCGUCCGGCGGCCCUUCAAGGAGUUCUUCCUCAGGUUCCGCAUCCUUUGCCCGCGCAUCAACCAGGGCAGGGAGCCGGACUGGAAGGAUCUCUGUCAGAAGCUGCUCGUGGAGAUAGAAGCAAGGAACGAGGCGGAGAACUGGCACCUUGAAGCCAGGUCGUGGCAGGUUGGCAGGACACGAGUUUUCAUGCGUGAGAUGAUGCACCAGCUGUUGGAGAGUGAGGUGGCCAAGGCCACAAAGGUGUUUGUGGUUCGCAUUCAGGGCGCCUGGCGGAGGCACUUCUGUCUGCGGCGCUACCUGGCGACACUGCGGGCAGGCAGGAUCGUCCAGGCGGCACUGCGGACUCUGACUCCCGUGGCGAAGCUGGCGGCUGCCCGCGCCGCGAUGGGCGAGAAGGAGCGCCAGGAGCGCGAGGCCGCGCUCGCGCGGGAGCGCGAGGCCGCUGAGGCCGCGCUCGCGCGGGAACACCGCGAGCGCGAGGCCGCGCGGCUGGCCGCCGAGGCCGAGCGCCAGGACAGCGAGCGGCUCCAGCAGGAGCGGCAGCAGGCCGCGGAGCGCGACUCGCGCGAGGUGCCGGCGCUGCGCGAGGAGAACGCCGCACUGCGUGACGAGGUGGCCGCGCUCCGCCGGGAGCUCGAGAACGCCAUGGAGCAGCUCGAAAAGGCCAAGAGAGAGAGAUCGGGCGGCCAGUUCUCCAAUGAGGAGCUGUUUGUUGCCGACAACAGCCAGCUGGAGGCGGACACACCUGGUCUGGCAUGGCUCAAGAGCCAGAACGUUGCCGACUCGGCGAUUGGCUCCCAGACGCUACUUUGGGGCUCAGGCGUCGCGGGCAGCGUUACUCCCGACGGGCAGUUCUUGUUCUCUGGAGGGCUCUUCUUGCCCAUGAGGGUGGACGGCGUGGCCGUGCUUGUCCGAGAAGAGCACAACAAGCUGAGGCUGGAACAUGAGGCCCUGAGGGCGCGUCACAGCUCGCUGCUGAGGAAGAUGCAGAGAUUCUCGGACGUGAUCAAGCCGGAAGCGCUCGGGUCGCUGCUGCGCAAGCGCCCGGGCUGAGCCGCCAGGCGCAGCGGCGCUAUCCAGCGGGUCCGCGCACGCCGGGGCAGUCGUUGGAGAGCGUCAAGAGAGGACCACCAGGA